AUGGAUAAUUAUCGAAAGGCUCAGCAGAUCAAGCAAUUGAAAGAAGAAUUAAAAGCUGGGAAGAAAGAAGAGAAAGCUAGAAAGAAAGAAGAGGAUAAACUCAAUGAAUACGCGUUUAUCAGAAAGAAGAACGGGAAAGUGAUGAUUGUGCAACCCCGGAGACAAGAAGAAUAUAAGCGUGCGAAGGAGGCAAUGAGUAAAGUAAAGAAUGCAGAGGAAAGGAAAUUACUGGAAGCCAGGAUUGAGGAACUCCAACGGCUUGAGGAAAAGGAACAGGAUAGAGAACUGAAAGAAGAUAUGCCCAAACUACUCGAGAUCGAUGAGGAAGAUAGGCGGCAGAGGAGGAGGAAUAACAUGGAAAAUCCGGGUAAAAAUCCUUACGAGUACACUGGAACUGAAUACACUUCAGACUCGGAUGGCGCCAGGUACCCGGCAGAACAGAGGAUAGGUGGCAGUAAAACAAAGCGGAGAGAUGAUCGAUCCGUUGAUUCACAAGAUAGAAGACAUGGCGAUAACAGAAGCGUUGAUUCAAGAGAUGAUCGAAGAGAUGAUCGAACCCGUAAUGGCGACGAUGCCCGGAGUAGGGGUUCUAGAGACAAACACCGUGAUGAGGAUAAUCAUACUGUUGAUUCAAGAAGGAGUGCUGCUCGAACUGUUGAUUCGAAAGGCAAAGGAACCGAUAGAGAUGAUAAAACCGUUGACUCAAGAAGGAAUGAUAUUCGAAUUGCUGAUUCAAGAGGCGAAAGAGAUGGUGGUGAUGGGCAAAGCAUUAGGGAUGGUGAUCGUCGAAGUAAACGCGAUGGUGAUGCUAAAACCGUUGAUUUAAGAAGGAGUGCUGUUCGAACUGUUGACUCAAGAGGCGAAAGAGAUGGUGAUAAUGGGCGAAGCAUUAGGGAGGGUGAUCGCCGAAGUAAACGCGAUGGUGAUGCUAAAACCGUUGAUUCAAGAAAGAGUGCUGUUCGAACUGUUGACUCAAGAGGCGAAAGAGAUGGUAGUGAUGGGCAAAGCAUUCGGGAUGGUGAUCGUCGAAGUAGACGGGAUGGUGAUGCUAAAACCGUUGAUUUAAGAGCUUCCCGUAAAUCUGGUGCCACUGAUCGUGCAAGAUCACCAGAAGGGUCGGACCACACAGUUACUCCAAGAAGCAGACAGGGUGACGGCCGAAGCAGACAUCCAGACGGCAGUUCUAUCGUGACUGACCAUAGUUCAGUAGCGUAAGUAAUUUCCGUUCCUUCCCCUUGAUGUUUGACAUGACAUAGAUCGCUUUAGAUUUAAAGGAAAACUAAUAAAUAUCAUAGGUCCGAUUGGAGAACUAAAAAAAUCAAGGAGAACGAGAAAGCUGUGCAGCAGCUACGAGAAGCUAAUAACUUCAAGCCCGAUCGUAAUGAUAGCCAUGAAGACUGGCAGCACUAUGUUCCUAAAACUGCACCAAGUCUUUAUUCCACAUCAUCGCGGGAAGCGUAUCCAAGUGAUCUAAGACAUACCGCGGCUAGCAUUGAUGGAAGUUUCAAGACCGCUCGAACUAGUUUCCCCCAAGCUUCAUCAGCGCAUCAAAGCAGCGGCAAGCCAAGUAAAACAGAGGACCGAGGUGAACAGAGGAGUAGCCGACGUGAGGAGGAUCGUGGUGAUAAAAGAGACCGACGUGAUAGAGACCGACGCGAUGGAGACCGACAUGGCAGCGAGCGUCACCGCGAUCGUGAUCCAGGAGAGAGCCGGCGUGAGGAGGAUCGUGGUGAUAAAAAAGACCGACGUGAUAGAGACCGACGCGAUGGAGACCGACGAGAUAGAGACCGACGCGAUGGAGACCGACGCGAUGGAGACCGACGCGAUGGAGACCGACGCGAUGGAGACCGACAUGGCAGCGAGCGUCACCGCGAUCGUGAUCCACGAGAGAGCCGACGUGGUGAAACGAACGAUGAUCAUCGCGGCGACAGUUCCAGAUCGGCGACCGAAACCGUUUUGAGACGCCCUGGUUGA